AAAGGCUCAUAUUUAUUGACAUGCCUCAAUGGGAGGAGUGGACAUUCAAUGGAACACCUCUUGCAGUGAAGUUGUUUCCAAGUCUCAGGAAGUGUCUUAUUGUCAAAUGCCCAAAGCUAAGAGUUCUUCCUGAUGACCUCCACCGAGCCACCAACCUCAACGAACUGUACUUGAGACAAGCAUAUGGGCUAAGUGAGAUCAAUAGCCUCCCCUUGGCUUACAAGCUUGAGGUCACAAAUGGCAGAGGGUUGAAGAAGAUUUCUAGCAUCCCGUUAUUAAGAUAUCUUGAGGUGGGUAACUGUCUCAACUUGGAGUGCGUGGAGAAUCUCGACAAGCUGCAGCAUUUGGUGUUGAUAUGUUCUGAGGAAACGGAGCAGCUCCCGCAGUGGUUCCAGGACUUGAUCGAGCAGCAUAACAACAUGGCCAGCAGUCACAGGAGUUUGAAGAAGUUUGAGAUGCACUGCAAUCUUCAACUGCUAAUGAGCUGUCUCGAAGGCAAUGAGAAUUGGGACAUUCUCAAGCAUAUUCCUGUUGUCAAAAUACAGACAUAUUCCAGCAAAGAGUACAUCCGAUAUACCAUGGAUCCCAACAACUAUGAUGCAAACAUUCCUUCUAAUUGAGAUAGUGUCAAAAAAAGCUAUGCUUUUUUCAAUUGUACUGAUGAAGGUGUGAUUUGUAUGGUGCUGUUUGCAUUUGCUUCUUUCUACAUUUGGUUUGAUUACUUUACAUUUGGUGAAGGUGUUAUUUGUAUGUAUUUAUGUUUGCAUUUUCUUCAAUUGUACUGGUGAAAGUGUGAUUUGUAUGGUGUUGUUUGCCUUUGCAAGUCUGUACGUAUGUAUUUUCUGUAUCUGGAUGUAAUGAACACAUUCAUAUAGGACCUGUCCUUUUUUUUUUGUACAUCUAUUUGUUUCUCAACCAUCUCUUAGGUCGAAGAGUACAUACUCUACACCAAAGAGCCCUACAACUCUGAUCCACAUGUUGCUUCUGAUUGAAUAAGGUGAUUCA